CCGCCUUGUCCCGCCGUAUUCGUCACAUCUAAUAAUUAAAACAAAGAUAAGCAAUUAAUUUGUCAUAAAAAUUAGUGAAAAUUCAUUUAUCCAAAUUAGUUUCGUUUGAUUUAAUAGUAAUAUCGAAAAAAAAACAGUAAUCAGUGAAGUAAUUAAUCAGAAUUUGAAAAAAAAAGGUAUCGACAUCACUAGUGCGAUCUGCGCAACCGGCCAUAGUGUCAGCGGGGAAGUGCGAGGAACAGCCAUGACAGUAGUAAUAUUUUCAGUAAACUCAUUGGUGUACUCCUGGAAAUAAAUAAUAAUUAUUGUCGUAACCCAGAGCCCGUGGGCAUCAGGAACCACCAUCUAGUCUGGAUACCCAGCGCUCAGCGGUGGUGAGACGUCGAGAGUUUCCUUAAAAGAGUGAGAGUAAUAGUAAGAGUGUGAGGACCAGAAGCUGGAGCGAGAGCGAGACGGAGAGAUUGAUCGUUCGGGAUGAAAAAUGAUGAGUACCAAAAGAGAUUUAUGUGGGCUCUUUAUUGAACAAAGAUGAACAGUGAACAGCAUGCACUGCCAGCGACCACGCAGGCACAGCAAGAGGAAGUAAACGCGGGUCAAAGCAGUCGCCCUUCUUAUCCGGGUGGUUUGGCUGCCGCCACGAGUGUCGGGAAUGUAGGGAGUACAGUCCCGCACUCGUCCGCGGACCUGCGUGUAGGUACAGCUGUAGCGUUAGCCGCCGCCUCCUCGCUAACUCCGGCAAAAUUCUUGCUCCUCAAUUUGUUUCCUGGAUCACUACCCCAGGUGUCAUUCUAUCACCAUCACCAUAACUCCCGGAGUGCCGGAGGAGCUGGAGGUGGUGGAUCUGUUGGUGUCGGUGGACUACCUUCUUCUUCCUCAAAAGAAGUAUCUUCAUUGUCUCAAGAAAUGGCCUUGGCUACUAAUUCACACCACCAGACAACGUCUUCACACCAUCAUCACUCACCUGCGGUUAGCACCAGCGGUCAUCAUACUUCCCUACAGUCUACCGCUCAGAUUCCAGUCUCUCUUCCUGGUCUCAAUCUAGACGGCUCUCAUAUCCCGAGCCAUCUUCAGGCAGCCCACGCUCAGAUGCAGCAGCAAAUGCAGUCUCAGCAGCAACAGCUGCACCAGUCGCAGCAGCAGUCUCAUCAUCAGAUGCAGAACCAUCAGAACCCCUCAAACACUGGACCGAAUGCACAGAACCAAUCGGCUCAAAGAGACGACAAUAAGAUAAAGGACGAGGGCGGCAGCUGUACGACCGAGCGAUGCAGUGAUAGCCAGGUGCACUGUCAGGUACAAUGUGAUCUUCAACUUCAACAGCCACAAGAUUUACAACAGAGUAUGAUGCAGCAGCAGCAGCAACAGCAGCAGCAGCAACAACAGCAACAACAGCAACAACAACAGCAACAGCAGCAGCAACAACAGCAGCAACAAAUUGGAGUUAACAUCAGUGGGAAUCCCGGGGCGGACAAUGGCAACCAAAAUAACCCAGAGAAACCCGAGAAGGAAAAAGAACUGCGACAACUUAAUAUGACUCAGUUUCAAGUACCAGAAUUAAAAGCUGGAAGCCAUAUGAUGGAUGUUAGAACAGCAGAUGGAUCAUUAGUUAAAAUAAGCGCGGGUAAUGAGCAAGACCUUGCUAAAACUCUUAACGUUGAGAUGGUACAAAAUAUGUACAAGGUUAAUGUCGAGGAUAUAAAUCAACUGCUAGCCUAUCACGAAGUGUUUGGUAAACUGCAGAGUGAAAUAGCUGCCGGGACAACUUUAGUCGGCGGGACAGUGCCGACCCAAACUGUUACCACUAUUCAAAACGGCACACCGCUAGCACAACAAGUUCAGCUUAAUAAAUUUGACAUUACCAAAGCUGACGGUGAGGCAACACCUGGACCCAGCGCCUCGCCCGUAUCCGUCGGUAGCCAUGCCUGCGAAGUCUGCGGCAAGAUUUUCCAGUUUCGGUAUCAGCUGAUAGUGCAUCGCCGUUACCACACCGAGCGAAAGCCGUUUACUUGUCAGGUCUGCGGCAAAGCAUUUUCAAAUGCAAAUGAUCUGACGCGUCACGGCAAGUGCCAUCUUGGUGGGUCAAUGUUUACUUGCGCCGUCUGCUUCCACGUGUUUGCCAACGCUCCGUCUCUCGAACGGCAUAUGAAACGUCACGCCACUGAUAAACCCUACAACUGUACCGUUUGUGGCAAAAGUUUCGCUAGAAAAGAACAUCUGGAUAAUCACACGCGCUGUCACACGGGCGAAACACCUUACAGAUGUCAAUACUGCGCAAAGACCUUCACGCGUAAAGAACACAUGGUGAACCAUGUGAGAAAACAUACCGGUGAAACUCCACAUCGGUGUGACAUCUGCAAGAAAAGUUUUACUCGUAAAGAACAUUUUAUGAAUCACGUAAUGUGGCAUACUGGUGAGACACCUCAUCAUUGUCAGGUCUGCGGCAAAAAGUACACACGUAAAGAACACUUGGCAAAUCACAUGCGUUCACACACCAAUGAUACGCCUUUCCGCUGCGAAAUUUGCGGCAAGUCGUUCACGAGGAAAGAACAUUUUACGAACCACAUAAUGUGGCACACGGGCGAGACACCUCAUCGGUGUGAUUUUUGUUCUAAAACAUUCACACGAAAGGAACAUUUAUUGAAUCAUGUACGUCAGCACACGGGUGAGUCUCCGCAUAGAUGCGGCUUCUGCUCUAAAUCAUUUACCAGAAAGGAACAUCUUGUCAACCACAUUCGUCAGCAUACAGGUGAAACUCCAUUCCGUUGUCAGUACUGUCCAAAAGCUUUUACGCGUAAAGACCAUCUGGUUAAUCACGUAAGACAGCAUACGGGUGAGUCACCGCACAAGUGCCAGUACUGCACCAAGUCCUUCACGCGCAAGGAGCAUUUGACAAAUCACGUACGUCAGCAUACUGGCGAGUCACCUCAUCGAUGUCACUUUUGCUCUAAAUCAUUCACGCGCAAAGAGCAUUUGACGAAUCACGUCAGAAUCCACACCGGCGAGUCACCCCACAGAUGCGAGUUUUGUCAGCGAACGUUCACGAGAAAGGAACAUCUCAACAAUCAUUUACGACAGCAUACUGGUGACUCGUCUCAUUGUUGCAAUGUCUGCGCUAAACCAUUUACUCGCAAGGAGCACCUGGUAAAUCACAUGCGCUGUCACACCGGUGAACGUCCAUUCGUCUGUACCGAGUGCGGCAAAAGCUUCCCCUUAAAAGGCAACUUGCUCUUCCACAUGCGGUCACACAACAAAGGCAGCAACGCUGAGCGUCCUUUCCGCUGCGACCUGUGCCCGAAAGAUUUCAUGUGCAAAGGCCACUUGGUUUCUCACCGACGGUCACACUCAGACGAACGGCCCCACAGUUGUCCUGACUGCGGCAAGACCUUCGUCGAGAAGGGAAACAUGCUGAGACACUUGAGAAAACACGCUGCCGAGGGUCCACCCACCCAAGUCGCCACUCCAUCAGCGAUUCCCCAACCAGGUGUGCUACCGAUACCCACAGCAGCGGCUGUUCUUGUCGGUCAUCCUCUUGCUCCACCAGCGCCUCCAGUUGUUCCCCAGCACACCGUUGUAGUACCCACGCCACCAGGCGUUCUUACAUCGUAUUGAAUGGACCAAUCGGCGAGCAAUGAUAAGCCAAUCGGAUCAAACAUUACGAAUUUAAAUGAGAAUAAUAAUAUUAAUACUAAUAAUACUACUAAUAAUGAUAAUAAUAUUAAUAAUAUUAAUGAUAAUGAUAAUACUAAUAAUAAUAGUGAUUAUUCUCUCGAGAAAUUUGUUAAUCAUUUUAUGAUUUAUCAGCAUAUCAGUUGAUAAAUAUAAAAAAUAUAUGACGCAUUGAUUAGUUAUUGUCAGUGAGAGAACGACUAAGAUUGACGAUUUAAAUUUGGCGGCUAAUUGCAAACAACCAGCAGAAAACAGUUGAGUUAAUAAUUAAUGAAACUUAACUUUUUUUCCAAUCAACAUAUAUAUUAUUAUUAUUGUAAACUAAGUGGUUAAAUAUUUUAUUAUAAUUAUGAUGUUUUUUUUCUUUAUUUUUUUCUAUCAAAGCUAAAGAAAGCGACUUAGUAAUGUCUUACUAAUUUGAAAUUUAUUUUUUAUCUUGUUAAAAUAGUUUAUAUAUAUCUAUAUAUACAUAAAUAAAUAUGUAUGAUGAAAGAAGAAUGGGAUGAGAUGAAUGUAGAUAAAGUGUAAGCCACCAUCUGUUAAAUUAGACGCUAAAAGGGUUUACUUUAAGUGAUUUUAGCUGUUAUACGUCCGAGUGCAAUAUUAUUCGGCUGCUUACGUGUACUAGAGCUGGUUAAUAGAGUCAUCCACCUGCUAAUUUAUAGAGUAUCGUUUAUAAAUUAACUAUUAUUUGCUUUACUUUAAUUGUUUUAAACAAUACUUUGUUUAUAAUACUGUUCUUUCUUUUUUAAAUGCUAAUGACAAGCGCAGAGGGUCACGUAUUU